AUGGGUAUAUUUAACGAACAAUCUUUUGAUCAUCCUUUUGCUAAAGGAAUUCAGGGUGCUCCAGGAGUUGGAUUUAGUCUAACCGCAAAUGGUAAUUAUGAUAUUAAUAAAAAAAGACUCACAAAUGUUGGAGCACCUAGUGAUAAUAAUGAUGCCGCCACAAAGAAGUAUGUUGAUGACAAUUCCACCAGAUCAUCAACAACACAUCUAACAGUUGAUUCAAACAUUGAUAUGAAGAAUACAUACCGAAUUACAAAUCUUUGCACACCACUGGAUGCAAAAGAACCUCCUACAAAAUAUUACGUAGACAACACAUUUGUUGACAGAGAUGGAUCUUACCCAAUGAAAGGUAAUCUCAAUAUGGAUAAUAAUCGAAUAUUAAAUCUGCCAGCUCCAACAGGUCCCAAACAACCAACACCAUUAGCUUUCUCAGAUAUGAAGUAUCUUCACGUUGCUGGAACAAAUAAAAUGACUAAUAAUCUAAACAUGGAUAAUAAAAAAAUAAUUAACCUUAGACCACCAACAGACUCCACAGAUGCAUCAAACAAAAAGUAUGUGGACGACUCAAUACCUGAUACUAGUUCUUUUAUAAAAAAAGAUGGAAGUGUAGUAAUGACUAAUAACCUAAAUCUUGGAAACAAAAAAAUAGUUGGUCUAGCAACUCCAACAACAAACACAGAUGCUGCAACAAAGAAAUAUGUGGAUGAUAACACAGCUGCCCCAGAUUUAAGUGAUUACUUGGAAAAAGAUGGUACCAUCGCUAUGACUGGAAACUUAAAUCUUAACAACAAUAAAAUAGUUAACCUCAGUGACCCCACCACAGAUCAACAAGCUGCUAAUCGCGGAUGGGUUCGUAAACAAAUAGAAAGAUUUGAUCAUCAUUCUGGAGAUGGAACAAGUGGUGUGUUUACUAUAACAGAUCCAGCUGCGCCCACGACUUUGUAUCUACAGUAUAUCUCAGGUUCAUCAUUUGAUGAUUUUGUUUUUACAACAUCAGCACCUGGUCAACCUCUUGUAGGGUGGACACCAACUGCUAACACAUACAUUAACAAAAUAGAAUUUCAAUUUGGUUCGCGAAAUAUAAACGUUGACUUUUUGUGGUUUAUUCCUAGAGAUGACUCUCAUUCCAAUUCUAACUUUUGGGUGAGUGGAAAUCGAACUGGCACUUGGUCAUUAAAUAUUCACAAGUCUUGGAAUUAUAAUAUGUCAGGAGUAAAACUAAGAACCCAUAACAAUUCAAAUCACACAGCUAUCACUUGUAGGCUAUUCACUGAUCUACCAAAAGCAAUAACCAAACCACUUAAGAGAAUAGAAAUCAACACACCUAAAAUUGUAAUAAGUGGGGUUGUAAAAGCUGAUGUCAACCUUGGUGGUAAUAAAAUAAAGAAUCUGGGUGGACCAACCCAAGACAAUGAAGCAGUAACCAAAGGUUAUGUCGACAAUCUAGUUCAUCAUACUGCAGUUCAACCAAGUCAUUAUAAAAAUGAGUUUGAUUAUCUCAUGUCAAGUGGGGCUCAAUGGACUGAUGAAAUAGAUGGAGGAGUUAGUUUUGUUAUAAAUAAGAUAGGAGACUUAUCUCCUUCUAAAGGUAAUUUUCAUGACUAUAACCACAAAGUACUUUUCAUGACUAUAAUCAAAAAUGAGCUAAAUAAAUAUAUUUAUAAGAUGGGAAUUAAUUUUUUCAGACUAGCUGCAAAUACUGAUUACACAUUGUGUUUGGAAAUACUCAACACUGAUUAUAAUCUUUGGAAUAAUACUCAAAUAAGUGUUGACAAAGGAACUUCAACAGGAUUAUCAAUUGGAAAUUUAGGCGUAAAAAAACUAUCCCAUAAGUAUACUGAUUCAACAGGGAAAACACAAACUAUGUACUACCACAGAAUAAUAGUUAAUUUCCGGAAGUUGUCAUCUGGGAAUAAGUUCUUUCUUCACAUUUUGGUUGAUAUUCUUCGGGGUGGAUAUAACCUGGCUACGUAUCCGAGACAGUUUUCAGGAGUUUAUAUUAUUGCUUAUGGUAUUAUGGGUACAUUUAGCAAUAUCGAUCCAGAUAAAGUUUACGACUAUCACACCGCAUUUGAUAUCAAACCAACAGAAGUAGUGUACAACGUUGAUAUAAAUGCAAAUAAUAAAAAAAAUAUUAAACAUUAA